GACCGUGGGCCGUUUUCGGUCUUGGCUUGUUUCUCGAACUCUGUUUCAGAGCGUUCAUGGAUCCAUCCCUUCACGCAAAUUCACAAGUCUCCGUCUCUCCGCGUUACUGCAGUAACGCAGCUCAGAUGCUUGAGGAACUGGAUCUUGGAAGUCGCAGUGGUUUCUGAAAAUCAGGUUGCUGCUGGAUUUGUGCGUCCGGAUGAUAUCUUCAGUGCCUACUGCCUCGAUGUAGGGAAGUAUUAACAGCUUCUUGGUAUCCACGUCCGGCGCAG